ACCGACUCGAACUAAAACUCCAGACGACGCCUGCUCAGGCCAACUCCUCCGACCGACUGAGAGCUCUCCUUUCAUCCUCACGAUUAUCCUGAUCGCAUAAUCCCUGAUUUUCGUCACUCACUUUCGACUUCUGUCACUUCAAUUCGCUUUUGCAAUUGUCCUCUUUACUUGUCCAGACCGCCAAACUAUCCCAUAGUCCUGCCGAACUAGUCGAACCAACUUUCUGCACUUUUUUCCCUGGUACCUACUACCAAGGUAAAGUCCCAUUGAUACUUCUCACAUCCAAUCCCUCUUUUCAAAAUCCCUCGUCCGCUACACACUACCUCUCAUAAUCCACUCGUCCCCGGCUGCCGAACCCAGAACAUGUCGAGUGCACCUCAAGGGAGCAACCUCGACAAGUAUGUGGUGAUUCAUAUUGCUACUACCUGCGACGAGCAUGGUGUCUAUGUGACAAAGGACUCUGCUGAAGUCAUCGAAGUCGGUGCCAUCAUUGUGGAUGCAAAAACUCUUGAAGAGGCCUAUCGGGAGAGCACCUUGGUCAAACCUGUCAAUACCCCAAUCACUCCUCUCUGCACUAGCCUGACUACCCUCACCUGGGAACACGUCCGAAAUGCAGGAACCUUCCGUGAUGCUAUCAAUCGAGUCGAUACGUUUGUUCAAGAACAUCUUCUGUCUAAGAACCUCGAAUUCGCCUUUGUGACACUUGACUCCUGGGAUCUCCGUGUGCAGCUUCCACGUGAAGCCAGGGACAAAUCUGUCGUGCUGCCUCCGUACCUCCAACACUCGCGUACAUUUGAUUUGAGAACAGAAUACCAAAGAUGGCAAGCACACCACCCCGAAUCCUUGCCCUUCGGCUCCUCGGCCCUGUCAAACAUAUGUGCUGCCUUGGAGGUGGAGCCUGUGCAAGCUUCUGCGCCUAUCAAACACAAUCUGCCCUUUCACCUUCAAGCGCUGGCCCCUGCGUCCCCUAGGCGAGCCAUGGAAGAAGCUGUGACCUUGACAAGAGUUCUUCGGGGUCUCAUCAGGAAAUCUCAGCCUCCCCACGACCACCCUGACGUCCUCACUCGCCCAAUGGAUGCUCGUGCCGAUGUUCGUGCCUUCCUCUCGGAGCGAAGCAAAGUCUUGCACAUGAGCGGCCUUCCCCACGAUACCACUCAAUCUGAGCUCGAAAGCUGGUUCACUCAGUUUGGUGGCCGACCAAUUGCAUUCUGGACGCUGCGUACUCCCGACCAACACAAGCCGACUGGCACUGGAUUCGCCGUAUUCUCGUCCCACGAAGAAGCUGCCGAAAGUUUGUGCAUGAAUGGCCGCGCUCUCAACGAAAAGGCCAUCGAAGUUUCGCCAUCGUCUAGCCGCGUCCUUGACAGAGCCGCCGAUAUCCUGACACCUUUCCCGCCCAGCAAAAACCGCCCACGUCCAGGUGAUUGGACAUGUCCAUCGUGUGGUUUCUCAAACUUCCAGCGCCGUACAGCUUGUUUCCGAUGCUCUUUCCCUGCCAUGUCUGCUGCUGGUGGUGGCGCUGGACCUUCAAAUGACAUGAGUUAUGGCGGUGGGUACGGCUAUGGAGGCCACCCAGGAAUGAUGCCCCCUCAACACCAUAUGGGCCAUGGUCAUGGCAUGGGUCACGGCCGCGGCGGUGGUGGUGGUUCAGGAGUAGUACCCUUUCGAGCUGGCGACUGGAAGUGUGGUGGAGAAGGAUGCAACUAUCACAACUUUGCCAAGAAUGUUAGCUGCCUCCGUUGCGGAGCAAGUCGUGCUGGUGCUGCUGUCGUCGCAGAUUCUGCCUUCCCAUCUCCAAUGGAUAACCAACAAUCCAACUUUGGUAUGGGUCCUCCAUCUAUGACUGGCACUCCAGGACCUUCCCAUUACGGCGGUGCAUCCUUCGGGUCUGCUCCCGGCUUCCCGGGUGGCCAGUAUGGAGGCCCUCCAAGUACCUACGCACUUCCUUCUGGCAUGGGUGGUGCUAGUCCUUAUCCUCCCAUGGGUGCUCAAUACGCACCGAACGGUGGAAUGCAAUCGACUCCGUUUGACAGUCGUGCAGCUGAAGCUGCAUUCACCUCAGCUGGACAAAUGCCCCCUUCUGCUGGCGCCGGCUUCUCCAAUGGAAACUUUCAGGAGGGACAGUCUGACCCUUUCCCAUUCCUCUCAGGGGGUCUAGGAAACCUUUCUAUUAGCAACGACAAUCGCAACAAUCCUAAUUCGAACAACAAGUCUCCCGCAUAAUUCUGAGCAUCUGAUUUAAAGCGUGGAUCAGGGUCUGGAGAUCGGUAUGGAAAAGUUCUUGAGCGACCAACGGCAUGGAAUGGUGAAUCUGUUUAAUUCGGUUGGGGCAGGAGU